AUGUCGUUGUCGCACCUUACCAACCGGCGUCGGACCGACCUCGCCCAGCCAUUCCCUGCCGAUUGGAACUCUCACGAUGAGUUUUUCUGCUACACGAGAGGCCGCUUUAUAACCAACGAAUCCCAUGAAAUGGCCAUUCGCCAUGUUAAAUUCAAUAUGAAUGAGCUUGCGAAGUGCGCUGCUAAAUCGAUAGGCCCUGACUCCGCGCAUUGUGUCCGUAUUGACAAGUUUCCGGAUGGAAUGUUCAACAAGACAUUCCUUUUCACUAUGGACAACGGCGCCCAAGUUGUAGGCAAAGUUCCGAACCCAAAUGCGGGACGAGCCCAUUAUACAACUGCAAGCGAAGUGGCAACGAUGGAUUUUGUCAGGAGUAAGCUGGGAACACCGGUGCCUAAAGUAUUGGCAUGGAGUUCAAAAGCAAGCGAGAACUCAGUUGGCGCCGAAUAUGUAAUCAUGGAAAAGGUCUCUGGACUGCAGCUUGACAAAAUUUGGCCGAAUAUGGACAUUAAGGAGAGAUUUGAACUCGUUAAAACAAUAUCUGGGUAUCAGAAAUCCUGGAUGUCGACAUCAUUCUCCCAAUACGGCAGCUUGUACUAUUCGUCCGACCUACCUGAUUGUGACGAAUGCACUCUUUCCAAGGCGGACGGGUCUGAAGUCAAAGAGCAUGGCUUCUCUGUUGGUCCGUCAACAGGACGGGAAUUCCUCGACGACGGAAGGAUGGCAUUAGACUUCGAUCGAGGCCCUUGGGAUACCGUGGAACAGUACAAAACCGCAGUUGGUCUUCGAGAAAUUGCUUGUGUGCAGAAUAUAUCGGAACUACCCAAGUCACCAGUGUCGCUCUAUGGCCCAGGCACAUAUAGACCUUCUCGUUCCAAGAAAACAGCCGUACUCGAAAGCUAUCUUCGUCUACUGAGAUUUUUCCUUCCGCUAGACCGAUCAAUUUCAUCUUCCUAUUUAUGGCAUCCAGAUCUCCAUGCUGAGAACAUCUUUGUCAACCCCGAGAGACCAGCGGAAGUACUAGGUAUCAUCGAUUGGCAAUCGAGCGAACUUUUACCACUCUUUGAUCAUGCCCGUGAGCCUUAUUUUCUUGACUUCGAUGGAUCCUAUUCAGGCAGCCUUAAUCCGCCUCAACUCCCUGAUAAUUUCGACCAGCUUGACCCUGUGGAACAAGGAAAGGCCAAGUCUCUAUACCUAAAGAAUUCUCUUGUCACCUUGUACCGAAAAUUUACCCUUGCAAAGAACGAAACACUAUUCAAAGCCAUGGAUUUUCGGCGGUCUACGAGUUUUGAGAUGAUGUUGUUGGCUCAGAACCUCCUUGUCGACGGGGAGUCGUUAUACCUGUCUAGGAUUCUUCAGUUACAGGAUGAAUGGUCCUGCCUGCCAGGUGUCUCAGCCUCUGGAUAUCCGCCCUUUCCUAUUCAAUUCUCUGAAGCUGAGGCGGCUUCCAUCAACAAAGAUUCCACUGGUGCAAUUAGAGGCAUGGAAAUAAUGCGGCAGUUGAAAGAGUCGUUGGGUGACCUAUGGCCUGAGAAAGGUGUUGUGCGGUCCGACCAGUAUGAUCAAACCAAGGAGCGCCUGAAACAAGCUAAGACGGAGUUGAUCGAUCGACUUUCACGUUCCGAAGCUGAACGAGCCGCAUGGGAAGAUGCAUGGCCAUUUGACGAAUAA